AACUGGAAAUUAAUUUUUACAAAAAGUGGACCAAAUAUACCUUUCCUCUAAUGUGUAAUGUGUCUAAAAAUGUGCUUAUUCAAGCGAAUUAUCUUGUUAGAAUUUAAAAACUAUCUCCAAUCUUUCUGGUAAAAUAAUGUUUAAUAAAAAUUAAAUAUCGUAAUCACCCUAUGCCAGAUAUUAAUUUUGUUAAAAAACUCCUCCGUCUUUACUUGUCAAAGCGAUUUGGUUGAGAUAAAAAUUUCAUUUCGGAAACAAAGAAAUUAAAGUUUUCACGUAUUUGUUAAACCAUAUGUAUAAAUAUAUUAUAGAAAUAUACAUAAGAGUUUUUUAAGUUUUGUGCAUAUAAAACUUUUAUCAUGAAAUUACGAGUACAGAAAAGAGGACGGAAGCGAAGUGUAUAAGAUAUGUUGCUAAAGAAAAAGUGUAAAAAGUAUGUGUCCGGGUUUUAUUUUCUUAUAAGCACCAGGAAAUAUAUUGUCACAAAUUUGAACAGCUUAAAGUAAAAAAUAGAAAUUAAUUAGCAAGGAGAAAAAUUGAUUAACUCCUCUGUGAGAAUUUGGACAAGUGGCUCACAACAAAACCAGCACCAGCGUUGCUUUGAGACGAAAAUAAUACAUUGUAGCUAUGAGUAAUUAUCGUCACCAUGGAGGAGGCGGUGGCUAUAGUGGAAUCGAAAUUCGAAACAUGCAUCCACGAAUCUCUCAAAAUUUCACUUACGUUAGUUCAUGUGUUAAAUAUCUGAUCUUCAUGCUAAAUUUCAUAUUCUGGCUUUCGGGAGGAUUAUUGCUGGGUAUUGGUCUUUAUGCUUUCAUGGACAAAUGGGAAGCUACUGGAUGGGUUCGUCUAGAAACAUUCUACGAUGUAAUACUGAACAUCUCUUUAGUAAUGAUGCUGACCGGAAUACUUAUUUCUGUAGUCAGUUUUGCUGGUUGCCUUGGUGCGCUGCGUGAAAAUACUUGUUUACUAAAAUUCUAUACUAUGUGCUUACUAAUGUUUUUUCUUUUGGAAUUGGCCAUUGCCAUAAUGGGAUUUGUUUUUCCACAUAAUAUGAAUUCUUUUCUGGAAGACAAAUUCACUGAUAAAAUUAUCCAUUCGUAUCGUGAUGACCCAGAUUUACAAAAUCUUAUCGAUUUUGCACAACUUGAAUUUAAAUGCUGUGGAUUAAGCAACUCUGGAUAUCAAGACUGGAGCAAGAACGAGUAUUUCAACUGUUCAUCACCAUCAGUUGAGCGUUGCGGUGUUCCAUAUAGUUGUUGCAUUAACGCAACUGACAUCAGUUCGGGUUUGGUUAAUAUUAUGUGCGGUUAUGGCGUUCAAGAACACUCGGUUGCGGCAGCAAGCAAACGUAUUUGGACUAGUGGUUGCAUUGAGAUUGUUCGAGUUUGGGCAGAACGAAACUUAUAUACUAUAGCCGGCAUUGCACUAGGAGUUGCUCUAAUACAACUUUUUAUAAUAUAUUUAGCUAAAACUCUAGAAGGCCAAAUAGAUCUGCAGAAAUCGCGUUGGAAUGCGUGAGUUCUUUUAAUGUGAAAACAAAUGUAGGGUACGAUUGGUAGCAACAUUUCUAUAUCGUAAACAUGUAAACUUUCCAUUUUUAUAGGUAUGUUAGUUUUUUUAAACAAAUAGUGUUUAUAAUUUUUAUAUAAAUUUUGAAUAGAGAGUAUAUAAUGUUGCUCUUUUCGCUCAAACGUAUUAUAUAUUGAAAAUAUGGAAUUUAAAACGCAUUUAAUACAUUGAUGACAUUUUUUUUUUUUCAAUAAAUCACAAACGAGUGAAACUUUUUAUCGUACAAAUCGUGAUCAGAUGAAUUUGUACUUUAUGAUAACACGUUGGUGCUGCAUUUAGCAUUUUCUUACUCUAGUACUAAAAAUAGAUUGUCACAAAAAAGACCUAUUCAUUUUUCUCGAAUAUAUGCAAUAUUAUUGUAAGUAAUUUUGACUACUAUACCUAUGUAUUACUGCAAAUUGCAAAAACAAGAAACACUCGUAAGUUUAUAUGUUCAUUAUAAUCAUCACAUAUUACAUUAUAUUUAUUUACAAUAUAUUUAUAAUAUGCAAAUUAUUUUUAUAAUUUGGCACACGCGCAUCUCAAAAUUAAUAAAAUCAUUGGGAUACACUUAAAAUAUCGAAAUUCAAAAUGUCGACAUAUCAAAAUACCGACAAAAUUUAAAUAUGCAGCUAAAUCAAAAUACCGACAAAUCAAAACACCGACAAAUCAGAACACCGAAAAAUCAAAAUACCGACAAACCAAAAUGCCGACAUGUGAAAAAUAUUUUAUCUUGCCUGCCCUUAUUUCUAUCGAAGCACAGAAAGAGAAUUCUGCCGACUAAGGGUUAUGAUCCUGAGCGUGUUCGUGGCCGGAGGCCGAAGGCCGCAGGGCCUCGGACGAACAACGCCACCUUUUCUUGAUUUGUCGGUAUUGUGGUUUGUCGAUGUUUCGAUUUGUCGGUAUUUUGAUUUGUCAGUGUUUUGAUUUGUCGGUGUUUUGAUUUGUCGGUAUUUUGACUGUCGGGAUUCUAAAUUUCGAGAUUUUAAUUGUCGGCAUUACGUUAUACACCCCAAAUCAUUACAUCUUUAAAUUUUUUAGUGGGAACAGAUUUCAAAAUCAAUUGGAUCAAUUGAAGUUCGUAAUUUCAAACAUGUUCGACCGACAAUUGAUUUAAAUGAAAUAAAUGUAACGUUAAUUUUAGUAAAGGGACCCCACUGAAAUUUUGAUGAUUAAGAAAAAUACUUUGCCUACACACAGAGUUUUUAUUUACUGUGUAGCGUAAUUAACAAAAGUGUGAGCAAAUUAUUAACAUUAUUAUAUGUAAUAUAAUGGUUUUAUAUAAAUUUAGUAUAUUCCUUAAAUUUAUAUAUACCAAAUAUGUAAUAUAAAGCAAUGCUUUAAUGAAAUAUAGAGUUUGUCUUUAUGCAAUAAAAAUAAUAAACCUAUAA